GCUCCACACCCCACCUUAAACUAACCCUUCUCAUGUAUCCGUAAGCUUCAGCAGACCGCUCGACUUGCAAUGGAAACUCGCCUUUGUGCAGCACCUUGACAGGAGUUUAAGCUGGUAGUCUAUCGUCCAUCUGUUAGGGCGUCUGCUCCUGUUUGACAACACUGCAGCCGCCCGAUGUGCUGCCGAUUUGAGCUCCUCGGCACCCUGAUCCUCUUCCUCCAAGCAUUCAACGACCGCCGAGCCCAGAAGCGAGCUGCCCGUGUUGAGCAAGCGGCAAAGGCAUCCUGAUAUUGAUCACCCCAAAGUAUCAUUAUCUUACCCAUCCCGCCAACCUCGAUUUAACAGGCGCAACACACUUUGUAAACGGCAUAUCACCAUGCUCCACGAAAUCCUCUUUUCCCUCUCAGGCCAUCCCUCCCCGCUCCUCCGUUCCGCCGCCUCACCCGGCAACGAAACCGACAACACCCUUAUCAACAGUACCGCCAUCUCCCCGCCCGAACGCGCCCUCCUCGCCUCCCUCGCCCGCCUCAGCGACUUGCACAUUCAUCUGCAGACCGCGGCCUCCCACAUCGCCGCCUCCCACCCCUCCGUCAUCUGCCGCGCCGUCGCGUUCGCAAUUGACACAUUGCACCUUGCCGGGUUCCGGAGAAAGGUUGUAGAAGUUGAGCGGACGAUCCUGAAAGAGGACGCGGCGCUGGUCGGGCCGUAUCGCAUCGUGCCUUUGACGGCAGUGGUGGCGGAGUUUGAGGGGUGGGGGAGGAGGUUGGAGUGGCUUCGGAGGGUUGUCGACGUCGUUGAUAAAGAAACCUGUACUGGUGCGGGGGUGAUCGACUUUUUGAGGGGCGAGUUAUUGACGGGAUAUGGGGAUGUGGAGGAGCUCGCGGAGAGCUUGGUUGCUGUUGCCGAGGCGGCGUGGGUGAAGCAGGUUGCAGCGUGGGUUCUGUAUGGACGGGUGCCGGGGUUUGGGGAGGGGGAUUUCUUUGUGAAAAGGAGGAAGAGGGAAGACGGGGAUGGGGAGGGAAAUGCGACCGAGGAAUAUAUCUGCGAGCCCGGGCUCCUGCCGGGGUUUGUUACGCCUGCGACGGCUGCGUCGAUGCUGUUUAUCGGCAGGUCGCUGAACCAGAUCCGAACUAAGAGUGUGGAAGAUUACAGCUUGAGGGGAAACGACCAUCUAUCGACGCAGCUCACGAGGUUGGCGGAGCUAAGGCAUCCGAUUGAUUCGGCUGCCUUUGCAAGAACGACUGCCGAUAUCAGGCAAUUCCUGUCGAGGACGACGCUGCAGCGGUUGCUGCCGCUGAGCAAGGUGCUCGAAACACUACAGUUGCUGAGGGACUUCUUCCUGCUCGGUCGCGGGGAGUUUGCCAUGGCGUUGACACAACAGGCGGACGAGAAGAUCAGGAGCCGGUGGAAGCGGAUGGAGAAUCUGGCGUAUGAGAAGAGGGAAGGGCUGGGUAACGUUACAAUAAAGGAGGGAGAAGUGGCUGCCGUUCUGGCUAAGACAUGGGCCGCUAUGGGGUCCAUGCAAGGCGAGCAUGCGGAUGAGGAUGAGGGGUUGGAGGUGGCCCGCGAAUUGUUGAGGCUAACGAUGGCUAAAUCGAAGGCGUCUACACCAGGGACGCAUAGCACUGAAGGUGGGCUUACAGCUAUCGCGACCACUCCAUUCCGAAACCUCCUAUUCUCUGUUCCGGUUGUUAUGACCAUGCAAAUCCCAUCGCCCCUCGAUCUCUUCCUCAGUCAAGCAGAUUUGGAGACGUACACCGCCAUCAAUUCGUAUCUCCUCUCACUGCGGCGAGCAAACAUUCGGCUUACUGAUCUGUGGAAGAUUACAUCUCUUAGGAGGCACCACCCAGCGCCGCCCGGGCCCCCAUACGGGAGCACCCGGGGAGGAAGGGAAAAGGUGCACCUAUUCCGUCAACGGCACGCCGCACGGACGCGUAUUUUGCGCAAUGCUUGGGCCACGGCAAGCGCUGCUAUCUUCUUUCUCGGCGAGAUGGAGGGUUACCUCCAGACAGAAGUCGUAGCAGGGUUGUCAGAUGGGUUCCAUCGCUGGUUGAUCACGGGUGAAGAUGAGCAGCGGCAUGACGAUGGCACAUUCAAAAAAACGCAAACAUCAACCGUGUCCCGUUCCAGAUACAGUGACGAAAUCCUCGAAGACGACAUCUGGCUAGCCGGGUCCACCCCUUCUCAGCCUCCCUCCUUGUCAGCAUCAGAAGAACAAACCCACCCCCAUCACGACCCUCAAACCCUCGCCACGGCCCACCGUCUCUACCUACGCACCCUUGUCCACCGGCUCCUGCUCACCCAGCAAUCCUUUACCGACGAACUCUACGAACUGCUCGUUCAGAUAGACCACCUCGUGGCCGUUAUCCGCCGAUUGCACUCAGUGUGGACGGCGGCCGACCUUGAGACGGACGCCGGCGUCGUGGAUGCGUUUGUGGACCUCGAGCGGGAGGAGCGGGAUGUACAGAAGGAGAUUCGGGGCGUAGAAGGGAGAGUCAAGCAGGGGAUCGAGGGGCUGGUGGGGGAGUUGAGGCGGUUGGAGGGGCUCGGAGGUUUACAGAAUGGUACAGAGAUGGGAGGACUGGGAGAGGGGGUGGAGGAUGGCGAGGUGCUGGGGAUGGGGGGAAGUGGAAAGUAUGUGACCAGACGGGUGGGGGGUAUCAAUAGGCUGCUGAUGAAGCUGGAUUUUGGGAGCUGGUUCGGGAGGGAAGGGAGAGGUGGCGAUGGAAUGGAUGUUGAUGAGGAGUUCUAACUCGUAAGGAGGGUGAUGGCUUACUAUCGAGAAGCGGAAUAGGUAGUUGCCGGCGUUUGAAUUUGGCGAUGACUCUCAUUACUAUACCCUUAUGUGUACGUUUCCUUCCCAUGUCUAGCUGAUAUCAAUCAGAUCUGCUCCG